CCGCGCCGGGAGCCUUGGUAACGCGCGGGUGGCGCAUGUUAACUGCGUGUGCGGCCGGUAAGAAGAAGGAGGAGAAGGCGGCGGGCUGAGUUUCCCGGGGCCUCCUUUGCUUCUGGUCGCCAGCGGCGGGAUGAAGAUCGAGGAAGUGAAGAGCACGUCGAAGACGCAGCGCAUCGCCGCGCACAGCCAUGUCAAGGGCCUGGGGCUGGACGACAGCGGGGCGGCCAAGCCGGCGGCGGCCGGGCUGGUCGGGCAGGAGAACGCGCGGGAGGCUUGUGGUAUUAUUGUGGAAUUGAUCAGAAGCAAGAAGAUGGCUGGCAGAGCUGUGCUAUUGGCAGGACCUCCUGGAACUGGAAAGACUGCUUUGGCUUUGGCUAUUGCUCAGGAGUUGGGUAGUAAGGUUCCCUUUUGCCCUAUGGUUGGAAGUGAAGUGUACUCUACUGAAAUAAAGAAGACAGAGGUCUUGAUGGAAAAUUUCAGAAGAGCAAUUGGCUUGAGGAUUAAAGAAACCAAGGAAGUUUAUGAAGGUGAAGUCACAGAAUUAACUCCAUGUGAGACUGAGAACCCCAUGGGAGGAUAUGGCAAAACCAUUAGUCAUGUCAUUAUCGGACUCAAAACUGCAAAAGGAACUAAACAGCUCAAGUUGGACCCCAGCAUCUUUGAAAGUCUGCAGAAGGAAAGAGUAGAAGCUGGUGAUGUGAUUUACAUUGAAGCAAACAGUGGAGCUGUCAAGAGGCAAGGCAGGUGUGACACCUAUGCAACAGAGUUUGACCUUGAGGCUGAAGAGUAUGUUCCUUUGCCGAAAGGUGAUGUGCACAAGAAGAAAGAGAUUAUCCAGGAUGUAACUCUUCAUGACUUGGAUGUGGCCAAUGCUAGACCUCAGGGUGGGCAGGAUAUCCUUUCCAUGAUGGGCCAGUUGAUGAAGCCUAAGAAAACUGAAAUCACAGACAAGCUUCGAGGAGAGAUCAACAAGGUGGUGAAUAAAUACAUUGAUCAAGGCAUUGCUGAGUUAGUCCCCGGAGUUCUCUUUGUGGACGAGGUUCACAUGCUGGAUAUUGAGUGCUUCACAUAUUUGCACCGAGCGCUGGAAUCUUCUAUUGCUCCGAUUGUCAUCUUUGCUUCCAACCGGGGGAACUGUAUAAUCAGAGGUACAGAAGAUAUAAUCUCUCCUCAUGGGAUACCUCUGGAUCUUCUGGAUAGGGUGAUGAUCAUUAGAACCAUGUUAUACACGCCACAAGAAAUGAAGCAGAUCAUAAAGCUCCGUGCUCAGACAGAGAGUAUUAAUAUUAGUGAGGAGGCACUGAACCAUCUUGGAGAAAUAGGCACCAAAACAACAUUAAGGUAUGCUGUGCAGUUACUCACCCCAGCCAAUCUGCUGGCCAAGAUAAAUGGGAAAGACAGCAUAGAAAAGGAACAUGUUGAAGAAAUAAAUGAACUCUUCUAUGAUGCCAAAUCCUCGGCAAAAAUACUGGCGGAUCAACAGGAGAAAUACAUGAAGUGAAGAAAUUUGUUAGCCUUUCUAGUCCUCAGAGCCUCUCUUAACAUUCUCCAAAUUUUAACUUUCACUGGAACUGAAAAGUUCUUAAAUAUCACAAUACUGCUUUGUAGCAAGAAGCAGAAUUCCCUUUGUUCUUAGUUCACCAAGAUGGAAUGAAAUCAUCUCUGUCUGUGGUAUCUUCAUGUUUUAUAUAUUGAGUGCCUAUAUGAAAUGGAUGCAGGCUGGCAUACCCUUAUAUUCCUCUUCUAGAUUUGAUUGCUAAGUUGCUAAGAAAAGACAAUUUAUUUUCAUUAUUUGUUUUGUUUAAAAAUAAAUGUGAACUUGUUUUUAAAAUGUU